GUUGAUUGAGUUAUAAAUCUUUAUUAGAUUUAUAAUUCAAUUCUGAAUUUAAUCAUCACAAAACCUUUAUUGUUGUAAGUUUCCUGUCAAUGAAGAUGCUUCGCUUGUUUCUGGUCGUCGCAUUUAUGUGCUCUCUGUAUACUUUGAGCAACGUCGGCGCAUCGCCGACUCGAAGGAAAAGCCGGCCACCCACCCUGUCGCCGCAACGAGGGCCAGGCCCUCAAUUGACAACUGAAGAAUAUGCUCUCUUUUAUCCCAUUUUUGGACGCGUGACCCCGUCGCCGGAGAUAGUUGCCUUCGCGGAUUAUGUAUUUGGGGUUCGACGAGAUGCCAAAAAUAACGACAAUAAGAAUGCAACUCGCAACAAAGCGGCGUCCAGCGAGCAAGAGGACAGCGGCGAACUAUUGCGGCCGAAAGGGGCAAAUAUACAUGCCAAUAUUGGUUUCGAACAAUAUUGGCCAGGGGGAGAUUGGGUGUACAGGAAGGCGGAGUUAGAACGCUGCAACACCACCGAGUACUGCGGUAUAUUCAGCAAGGAAAAAAUAUGUGCAGGCAAUCAUGAUUUGACCGCACAUCAUACAUUUGAAAACUUCUGCGAAAUGCAAGACGCGAAUUGCCGGGACGGCACUGUCACGGUGUACACCGAGUCAGCGGUGAAUGAGAAUGUAACGUGGUUCCCCGUGACCACGUCGGGGUUCAUUGACAUGAAAAUAGCGACGAGAGGACCGUGCUGGAUCGUGCUCGCGCGGAGCAGGAGUAUCGGUUCCAGAUUUAAGAGGAUGUUCUAUUACGGAUUUGGGGAAGAACAGUAUGACCGCACGUACUAUGGUAUAGUGGCGCUAUUAAAGGACGAGGAGGAAGGUCCAUGGGAUGAGCGAAAGAAGUUGGUGCACGCGAGCUACUAUAGAGGAAAAUAUAAAUAUGAUUCAGCUCAUAUUAAUCACACUCAGUUUCUAAGAGAUGGAACCAAAUAUCAGUGGAGACUAACUUGGAAUGAAACCACUGGGUCUGUCCUGUUUGACAUGAUCCUAAGGGACGGCACGACGUUUGUUCCCCCAAACGGAAGAUUACAACACUCCUCCGCUGAAUAUGCAUACCCCGUAAGAUACAUCGGGCUGGCGGGCGGCAACGCCAGUUACCCCGCCUGGUGGGAGCUCACGGGCCCCGGUAACUUCCUUAUUUUUCAAAUAGUACAUACAUACAUACAUACAUACAUCACUGGCUCAGUGACCCAAAGAGGAUCUUGGCCUCUGACACAAGAGAGCGCCACUCUGCCCUAUUCUGCGCCACUUCACGCCAGUUGGGUAUUCCGAGGGCGGACAGGUCUUUUUGGGCUUCGUCACUCCAGCGGUAUCUGGGACGCCCCGACGGACGAUUUUUCAAAUAGCAACCCCAGAGACGCUUAA